GCAGCAUUGACUUUGGUGGAGCAGCGGAGCACCGAAUAGGCGGCGAAUACUUUCGUCUUAAACCCUCCGAGGCUCUCCUCCUCCAAAACCUCUCAUUUCGGUGUUUUUAGCUGCAGGGCUGUGGGGUUCAAAGCCGUUAAUUUCAUGAUCCAUCAAUCGUUCUAGGGUUUUCGAUUUCUGUAAUCAGUAAUGGCUUUUGGGCGAUUGCGAUCGAUUCACAAUCUGUAUCGAACGGCCGAGAUUCGACCAUUUUCAUAUCUGCUUGGAAGCUCUAGAAGCUACUCGAUUGUUACAAUAAAUGUUCCUAAAAUUAAUUGCUGGGCCACUUCUUACUUCUAUAAGGGCCACAAUGUUCUUCCCUGGACAUGUCGAAGCACAAUGACACUUCACUCUUCAAUGCCUACUGAGCCAUGGAUCUUGUUGAAUGAUGCAAGGUUGCUAACUACAAGAGCGAAAGCCCCUGCCCAAGUUCGACAAAUGGGAGCUCUUAAAGUCUCGAUGCAGAGUCCUGGAAUCAUAUAUGAACCUUAUGCACCUCGUGAACCGAUCUCAUUUUGGAAGAGAUGGUUCACAAGAAAUGGUUGGAGAAGAACGAAAGAGGAUAUUGUUUUAGAGCUAAAAAGUGCAUAUGCAGUUGCUAAAUUAAGGAAAAUUGGCUAUUCAAGACAGAAGUUUUAUACGGAGGCUGUAGAUUUAUAUAAGGAGAUAAACUCUCAAAUAGCAAAUUCUGCUAAAGCAUCAUUAAGGAAAUCAGUUACCGAGAACAUGUACUCCGCCCUCAAGAAUGAAAUUAAACAAAGAGAAUCCAAGUGGCAUAAGGUGUAUUGGGAAAUGGUUGAACCAGUUGUUAAAAUACGAACUUUGCGAGCUCGAAUGAUAUCAAUUGAUCGAAAUGACAUGAAUAAAGCUUUCAUACAGCUUACGCUUGAGUUUCUGACUAAGCAGAAGUUUGAAGCAUAUGAUUCAAAAGGCUGUGUUGUUGCUGGAGAUAAAGAUAAGGAGGUACUUGUUCGUGACGUCUGGGUAUUUGAGAGAUCUCUUUUUCACCCUGGAGCUUACUGGCGUCUUUGUGGGCGGAUAUCAUUAUAGGUUGGCUACUCUUGGCCUGACUCAGAUCUUUCAUGCUGACAGUGAAUAAGUGAUUGUUACCCAAUUUUGUAUCCUGAAGAGAUUGAAACUGGAUCCAAUUAACACAUGUAACUUCCCUUUUGUUUGGCAAAAUCAAUUUGUGACCUGAGUAAUGAGAUGAAUAAAAUGACUUGUGGCUUAGUAUUA